AUGAUGGAUGCAGCCAGAUCGUGCCAAUGGAUACUAAUAGGAAUACUCCUCGUCAUCUCGUCGAAUCGUGCCACCGGUCGUGCCGGAUCGAUAUCGGGAUCGAGCAAAUCGAAGACGAUCUUCAAUCCCGGUUACGUGGAGGCACGUAGCAACGAUGGGAAUCGCACCGAGUUAACCCUGAAUUCGCCCCGUAGACGCCGAUACGUCCGAUUUCCAACCGGUCCCGCCGGUUAUCUGUUCGAGGGUGGCGGUCCCCCGAUAGGGAGGAACAUAGGUUUACACCCUGGGGUACGUUUCCCAUCGUGGAGGCAGCACAAAUCGGCCUGGAGGAGUCCCAUCUCGGAGUACAACAGGCCUGUGAUGGGCCAUCGCACGCCACGCUUGAUCUUCCGCGACAAUGACUUUCCACCCCCGGUGGGCGGCAGUGCACCCUCCUCGUUCUUUCAACAGUCCAACCACUUGCCGGAUUUCGAGGAUGACGCGAGAGAUCAUCGAAAGCAAACCCUCGACGAUUAUCCUAGGUUAGAGUCAGAGCCGCGUCAACAAAAAAGACCGCUGUGGAAGGGUGACGAUACGUUGUGCGGUGACGGACGAAGCUGCGAAUUUUUUCUAAUGUGCUGGAUGUCCGCUGGCCUUUUGGACGGCAGUUGCGGCGGCAUCAUGUUCGCUUGUUGUCAGAGGAGAGAGCCGAAAGGCAGCUCCUCCGAUUAUAACCUGAUUGAGGCACCUAGAGAUCAGUCUCAGCCGCUUUCGUUGGAUACUUACACGGAGACAGUCAACGACGAUCGCUGCGGAAUACCUGCCUCGAAGCAGACCGCGCAGAGAAGGAUCGUGGGAGGCGACGACGCGGGGUUCGGCAGUUUUCCAUGGCAGGCUUACAUAAGAAUCGGAUCGAGCCGAUGCGGAGGCACCCUCGUCAAUCGAUUCCACGUCGUGACCGCUGGCCACUGCGUAGCCAAGGCGUCGGCGCGUCAAGUCCAGGUCACCCUCGGCGAUUACGUCGUCAAUUCGGCGAGCGAGACGCUGCCCGCUUACACGUUCGGGGUCAGGGAGAUACGCGUUCACCCUUACUUCAAGUUCACGCCUCAGGCUGACAGGUUCGACGUAGCCGUUCUUCGAUUGGAUCGACCGGUGCAUUACAUGCCUCACAUAGCGCCGAUUUGUUUGCCCGAGAAGAACGAGGAUUUUUUGGGCCAGUAUGGUUGGGCCGCUGGAUGGGGCGCUUUGCAGGCUGGAUCGAGGCUACGGCCCAAGACCCUUCAAGCUGUGGACGUGCCCGUGAUAGAUAAUCGGAUAUGCGAGAGGUGGCACCGAUCCAAUGGGAUUAACGUGGUGAUUUACGACGAGAUGAUGUGCGCCGGUUACCGCGGAGGUGGGAAGGACUCGUGCCAGGGUGACAGCGGUGGCCCAUUGAUGCUGGAGAAGACGGGACGAUGGUACUUGAUAGGGAUCGUCUCGGCGGGUUACUCGUGCGCGCAGCCAGGCCAGCCAGGAAUCUAUCAUCGAGUGGCGAAAACGGUCGACUGGAUAACGUACGUCAUCAACUCGUAG